UGUCCAGAUAGCUGUUGUGUGCAGAUGCCUGCAAUAACACAGAUGUGCUUCACUUCAGAUAUAGAAUUUGACUUUUCAGUUCUACUCUUUGUGUCGUAAACGGCAUAUUUAUUUCUUCUCGAACUGAUGCUCAUGAUAGUGAGAUGUACAUGGAAUAAGAAAGAGAAGAAGCUUCGGAAAAAUAGCCAAGCUGUUAAAACCAGACUUAUCUGACCUGGAUGUAACUUUGUGGAGUCCUUAAAUGUGAAGAAUGGGCAGCUGAUUUCCAAGGAUCAGCUCUGUGUUGCAUAGCUACGGAUGUAGUAUCUUUAAGGAACUCGGGAUAUUAUUGCAAGGGAGGCAAACUGGAAAACACAAAUCACGGAGAGUUAAUGCCAGUCUUUGCAGUUCUCUUGGAUUUUGUUUAUUUUCAACAGAAUCCAGUGCUGCUUGAAAUACAUAAGAUGGACAAAACAACCUAGUGCAUAAAGCAUUUGCAAUGAGGUGUUGAAGCCUUGUUUCACUGACUUGGUGAGACUGGACCUAAAUGGCGCAGCAUGACUUUGCUCCAGCCUGGCUUAAUUUUCCUACCCCACCAUCAUCAUCAUCAUCAAAGUCAUCACUGAAUCUUGAGAAGCAUUCCGAAAGCUUUUCAUGGACUGAGAACCGUUACGAAGUUAACCGUAGACGGCAUAACUCUUCUGAUGGAUUUGAUCCUAGUAGUGGCCGUUCAAAUGGAGGGCAUUUGGGAAGAAAAGAGAGAAAUGGCUGGCGCUCGCAAGGCAGAAAUGGCACUGAAAACACAAAUCACAGAGGGGGAUACCAUGGUGGAGGUUCACGUGCUCGCACCAGCAGCUUCCACUCUGGGAAAAGCCAAGGACUGCAUGAAAGCAAUGCACCCGACUGUGAGAAUCUGAAAAAGGAAGACAAGGAAGAACACAAACAAUUUGAAGCUGAAGAUUUUCCAUCCCUGAAUCCUGAAUAUGAGAGAGAACCAAACCAGAAUAAAUCUUUAGCUGCAGGCGUUUGGGAAUAUCCUCUAAAUCCUAAAUCUAGAUCUCCACGAAUGCUGGUCAUUAAAAAAGGCAAUACAAAAGAUUUACAGAUAUCUGGAUUCCCUGUGGGAGGGAAUGUUCAUUCACAGCCAGCUAAGAACGGGACUGGGGCAAGUGUUUAUAAAGGCUUAGUUCCCAAGCCAGUUGUUCCACCAGCAAAGUCUACACAGUGGAAAAGCCAAACAAAAGAAAACAAGCUUGGGACUCCAUUUCCUCAUGAUUCUGCAUAUGGUAUUGGAAACUUCAGUGCUUUCAAAUCUACUGCCAAGACUGUUGGAUCACAGAAUUCAGUGAAAGAGUGCAAUCGGUCAAAUUCCUCAUCCCCAGUGGAUAAACUGGGCCAGCCUCGCUUAACCAAAUUGACGCGAAUGCGCACUGAUAAAAAAAGUGAAUUUUUGAAGACAUUGAAACGGGAUCGAGUUGAAGAAGAACAUGAUGAAAACUGUGUUGGGCAAGAGAAGGUAGAGGAUGACGAUGAAUUUAAUUUACAUAACAGCAACAGUGGUCACCAAGAGAGGGACAUAAACCGAAACUUUGAAAAUGAAAUUCCGCAAGAAAAUAGAAAUGCUGCAGUGAUUUCCCAGCAGAUCAUCCGUUCUUCAACUUUUCCUCAGACUGAUGUCCUUUCAAGCUCACUUGAAGCAGAGCAUCGAUUGUUAAAGGAGAUGGGCUGGCAGGAAGACAGUGAAAACGAUGAGACCUGCGCUCCAUUAACAGAGGAUGAAAUGAGGGAAUUUCAGGUUAUCAGUGAACAGUUGCAAAAAAAUGGCCUUAGAAAAAAUGGUAUUCUGAAAAACGGCCUCAUCUGUGACUUCAAAUUCAGCCCCUGGAAAAACAGCACUUUCAAACCAACGAUUGAGAACGAAGACACGGAAACGAGCAGCAGCGACACGUCAGACGAUGAUGAUGUGUGAAGAAGACCGCUGGAAAGUGGGAGGUGCUCUUUCUUGUCC